AUGGAGAACAACCUUCCCACUGCCAUCUCCCAUUCUUUCCAGAUCUCCACACUGAGCUGUCAAGAUCAGGCAGCUGAGUCUCAUGGCAGCAGCAGCCAGUGUUAUCUCAUUAAAUCUGCUGCACAUGAGACCAUUUCAGCUUUGGCUCAGGCUCAAGGGGUUCCAUCAUCACAACCAUCCUUCCAGGGCUGGGGUGCGGUUCUCGAUGUUCAACAAGGUUUUGGAGUGGCCCUCAACUUUCGUGGCACAUCAGUUGCCUCAAGAUUAGGACAGGCACAGCAGGUUCUGCUCUGGACAGAGACCAAAUUUCUCUUCUUGAGAGCAAGUUAUGUUCCAGGAUAUCUCAAUCUGGGGGCAGAUAUCCUGACGAGGCAGGCUCCUCUGGGGCUGGACACCAUGCUGAGACCAUCUAAAGAGACUCUCCGGAAGCUGAUUGAAUGUGUCUGUGAAGCUCAGGAAGAGGAACUGACUCAGUGCUUCCUGCAGAAAGUGGGCGAUAAUCUGACUUCCUGUUCCUUGAGCUGGGAAGAGCUUCACUAUUUCCUGCAGCAUAAGAUUCCACACAUCACUGUGGACCUCAGAAAGAGCAACAUUGAAUGCAAUGUCAGAAAAAUUUUGCCAUUUUUGAACAGGAUUCAAUUUAAACGGAUGAGCUCUACCUUCAUGCUGUCUGUAAUCGGAGGGAUCUAUGAGUCCGGCUCUGUUGGUUUUGUGUCCAGUCUGUUGAGUUCAGUGAAGAACUACAUUAACCUGCAGAGCAGAGAGCUGGACUCUGUUCACUCUGCGGCCCUGCGCUUCACACUGCAGCACUGCACUGCAGUUUCACUCAAUCUACAGUGGACCUCCAUACCAGAGGAAGAGCUGGAGAGCAUUCUGCCUCUCUUCACACAAGUGUCCCACCUCAGUGUUGACAGGCUGCUGUUACUGAGGAUGCUGCACUGCUGCAGUGUCUCUGAUGUCCAGCAGGAGGCAGCAGCAGUUCUGCUCUCUGUCCUGCAGCACAAGCUGGAUUUCUCCUGCUGUUCUGCUCUGGAUCUGACAGCAAACACAGACUCAGAGCCUCUACAUCUGACCAUUGAGGACUGCCGUGUGACGUCCAGAGUCAUUCAGAGCGCUCAUUCAGACACAAAGACCCAGCUAAUUCUGCGGGACUGUGAGAUUAAUACAGCUGGAAUGGAUCAGCUGUUCCCAGUGUUACAUUCUGUUAAACUCUGCUGUGAUAAAUCUCUGCUGCUUCAGUUUCUGGCUCAUGUGAGGCCUGAGGAAGCCGAGUCUCUUUCUCAAGCUCUGGGUGAAGAGCUCGACCUCAGUCAGACUCAGCUGAACCUGCAGGUCUGUAGAGGUCUGGUGCUGAUUCUGGAAUAUUCUGAAGGACUGACAGAACUGGAUCUGAGUCAGUGCCGUCUCACCGAUGACAGCCUGGAUCUGCUGCUCCCAAACCUCCACAAAGCACAAAACAUUGAUUUUAGUGGCAAUAGCAUCACGGACUUUGGGGCUCAGAAAAUCUACAAUAUCGUCACUCGCAACAGUAACAUAAAGACAGUAAGGCUCUUCAACAACAGAAUUGAAUUCAAAGAGCUCUUUAGCACAGACCCAUGAUUUGAGAUCUGGUGAUGCCAAGAAACUCUCUCUGGAAUCAACAAGCAGGUGAAAUAACCAGUGGAGAUAAGGUAACAGAUGUGAAAACCUUUGAGGAAUCUGCCCAACCAGAGUCCUAGAGAUGAAUCAAGCCACCAGGUCAUAAACCACAUUCAUGUGUUAUCAUCACUUUCAAUCAUAAUCAACAGUUGGUUUCUGUUGGAUUAACUGUGACAAAAUCAGUCUCCUUUGUAAACUGUCUUUCCCCUUCU